UGGACUAAAUUAGCAUCCAUUAAGCUCUUUUUUGCAUUUGCUAAGUGUCUACAAGGCAGUACCAAAGACACCACGUUUUGAGAUAAUGCUAGUCAUUUCCUGUUUUUUUCCCCACCUCAUAAAAAUACACAGUAAGGGUUGAAAGCUGUAAAGCAUACUCAUCACGCUGUAGGUUGACAUGUCGGACAUAGUCUUUACUCUUCUCCUUAGUCUUUCUCUGACACUUCACAUUGGUACGGUCUGCGCCGGAUUCAAUGUGUCGACAUUAUUGCAGUACAACUUCACAGAUAACUCAGUCAAUAUUAUAUGCCAACAUAAUGCCCCGGAGGCCUGGAUAAUGGAAGCCAAUUUGCUAAUUAAUGGCGAGAAUGUGUGCAAAACAGACAAAAGCAACACAGCAUGUGAACAGAGAAAAGAAGGAAACCAGAUCAUUUUUCCAGUGAAGAUUACUGCUGAGCAUAAGUAUAGUUGUUUGGUUUACAGAAGUUCGCCAAUGCCUCUUCAAACGAGAAAUGGAAAAGAAAUUACAUUUUCCCCAGGAUGUGAAAUUCCAUCUCCGACACCUACGAACUCAAGCGACUGUGCAGAGAGCAAUGUUUGCCCUCGUGAUACUUUACCUGGUUUACACACCUGGGCUCUUCUUGGAAUUGUGUUUCUGCUGUGCCUCUACAGUUUGAUUAUUACUGCUGUUUAUACCAAACUAAGGAACAAGAUUUCUGAAGAGCUUACAAUAACCUACGUCCCAAUGCAGCAAACUCGAAUCAGACCUAAGAAGAAAGUGAAAGGACACGGAGCAGACAAGAAUGCAGAAUACAUGGAUAUGCGUGAGGUGCAUCACAAAAAACAACCCAUCAGAGACAUGAACCACAACUCUCGUCUGACUCCUGUGGGCUUUACUGUCUGAUCCUUCUCCAUUUAUGUGUAUGAGUGUUGAUUUUAAAAAUAGUCAAGAAAACUGUAGCCUAUGCUGCAUUCAUCUGAAAAAGGUGGAACAACAACAACAAGGUGCAAUCUAUGUUUUAGGAUUUUGCCACACUAUUCUCAUUGCACAAGUUAUAUCCAUUAGUCAAACAACAUGCAGCUCAAUGAAAUAUUGUUUUGUCUUUAAUCUAGCACUUUUUAUAAACAUACUGUAGUGUUGCUAUACCUUAUACCUUGGGCUAUACCUUAUACCUUGGGCUAUACCUAUGACUAUAUCUUUGCUAUCUUGCUCCUAUGGUGAUACUGUUUAUACAGCAAAUGUUAUAUGUUGCAUAUUGAUGUCAUUCAUAAAUGUAUAAAAAGCCUUGAAA